CAUCGAGGCAUGGCUUUCCAUCGACGUGCAGAAUAUUUGUUGCUACUCUUCUCCGUUACAUCCUUUGUUUAUCACUGGCUCGUCCUGGGCAUCAUACUGGCCUUCCUGCUUACUUUGAUUGCGGAUCCAGUGAAAUUAGAAGGAGAGGAAUAUUUUGUUCUAUUUUACGGGGACCUGCACCAGUCGAGCUGGUUUCGGCCAGCGAUGCUCUCAUUCUCCGUCUUCUGUUUGGCCUCACAAAUUCUGAGCAUUACAUCCGCAGCGUCUCUUAUAAAAGCUGCUCGCAAGAGGACGUCUAUAAACGGCAGCGUGCUGCUAAUGCUAACGGUGAAUACGUUGGAGGCUGGCUUUGGACUGGUGUCCUUUUUUGUCCCUCCCUUCUUACCGAGAUUUAGUGGCAUUCCAAGAUUGGUGUGGAUCGUGAAAAUAUUUCUUUGGGCCGUCUUUUCAUUUUAUGCUCUACAAUACUCAAAGAAAAAGGAUUUGGCACAUCGGGGAUAUGAAUGUACGAAGAAGGCUACACGACUUCCGUUGUUGAAACGUGCUGGACCCUUAUUCUGUUGAGCAGCAGACCCAUCUCGUAGAAGCAGGGAGCGCAACAUGAUUCCAGGAUAAUACGCAUGUACGCUCGGACCACGUGACAGUUAAUGCGGCAAUGUCGAAUGGCUGGUCCGAUGCACCAGAUAUGUUGGAAGGAGAGACAGGCGAAGCUAAUGCCGAUUAUCAAUGCCAGAGGAAUCCCACAGAGCAGACUCAACACUUUGUAACAAAAGUUCUUGGAGUGGGUGAACACCUUGGUAGAUGUUCUCCAAACCGGCUUCAAAGAAUACGUUCCUUCCGGUUCGCCGAAGACGUCGUCAAAUUCCACCUGAAAAAUUUCCACCCUUUUGUAAAAUGGCAACAGAAGCAGAAUAAAACUGUAUAUUGAUCGCCUUAU